AUGGCGGAAGACGCGAACGCCGCUUGGCCCUUGGCCGAUGCCGCUCUCACGCAGGAGAUUCUUGACCUCUUGCAGUCGGCCACUCAUCUCCGCCAGGCCAAGAAGGGCGCCAACGAAGUGACCAAGGCUCUGAACCGAGGUACUUGCGAGAUUGCCAUCCUGGCUGCCGAUACCGAACCGCUUGCGAUUUUGCUGCACAUCCCGCUCCUCUGCGAGGACAAGGGCACUCCCUACGUCUACGUUCCGAGCAAGACUCUGCUUGGUCGCGCGUGCGGCGUCAGCCGUGCCGUCAUUGCUGCCAGCAUCAACUCCAACGAGGCUAGCGAGCUGGCUGGCCAAAUCAAGGCUCUUCGCGACAAGGUCGAGCGCUUGGCUAUCUAG